GCUGGUGCUGAUGCAGACAGACAGAAGCAUCUAACCGGACAUAAACCACAGGAGGUGUUUGAAAGUGAUGCUUUGACAGUUUAAAGGGCCUCCUGAGAGCUGCGCCGCUGCAAUGGCGUUUGAGUCCUGGCCUGCAGGUGGAGGACGUCCUGUGGAGGAGCUGGACGUCAGGAGUUUCCUGAGCUCGCUGAUGGAGGAGAACAGCACGGCGGAGAGGUGUUACCGCUCUCACUCGCGCAGCAGCGUACUGCAGGGUCUGCCCUUCGGUGGAGUGCCCACUGUCCUCGCCAUCAACGUUGUCCUGUGGCUGUUCCUGCUUCUGAUCUUCUCCUGUUUGAGAAAGGCAGCAUGGGACUACGGCCGUCUGGCUCUGCUUAUGGAAAAUGACAGCUUGACAUCACUAUUCUAUGGAGAACAAAGCGAGAAGGAGAAAACCCCAUCAGAAUCCAGUCCGUCAGAUUCAGAGACCAAGGACAUGGGCUUCUGUUCCUGGCUCACAUCUUUGUACCACAUGAAGGAUGAAGAGAUCCGCAGUAAAUGUGGCAUUGAUGCGGUCACAUACUUGUCUUUCCAGCGCCACAUAAUUCUUCUGAUGAUGGUGGUGUGUUUGCUGUCCCUCACUAUCAUCUUGCCCGUGAAUCUCUCUGGAAACCUCCUCGGAGAUAAUCCACAGAAUUUCGGACGAACAACGGUGGUUAAUGUUCCAGCACAGAACACAUUUCUGUGGUUGCACAGUAUCUUCGCUCUGCUGUAUUUUGUUAUCACUCUGUUGUGCAUGGCUCAUCAUUCCUCACGGCUGGAAUACAGAGAGGACGAGAAGGUGGCCAGAACUCUAAUGAUAACGUCAAUUCCCCGUGAGAUCUCUGAUCCCGGCCUGAUCACCAAACACCUGCAUGAAGCUUAUCCCAGCUGCACCGUCACAGACAUCCGCUUCUGCUUCGACGUGCAGAAACUGAUGAAGCUGGAUUCAGAAAGACGAAAAGCGAUGAAAGGAAGGCUGUACUUCACAACUAAAGCCCAGAAGAAUGGCAGGAUCAUGAUCAAGACGCACCCUUGUGCACAGAUCUUCUGUUGUGAUAUAUGUGGCUUUGAAAAGGUGGAUGCAGAGCAGUACUACAGCGAGCUGGAGGAGAAACUGACGGACGAGUUUAACGCAGAGAGGAACCGGAUCUCCAUGAAGCGGCUGGGCAUUGCAUUCGUCACCUUCAGAGAUGAAAGAAUGACAGCAGUUAUUGUGAAAGACUACAGUCGAGCUCGCUGCCGCCACAGACUCCAGCAGUCCAGCAUUACCACAGUGGUGCGUUCCCAUCAGUGGGACGUUUCAUACGCCCCUGCCCCUAACGACAUCAUCUGGGAGAAUCUGUCAGUUUGCGGUCCUCGCUGGUGGCUGCGCUGCAUCCUGCUCAACAUCCUGCUCUUCCUCCUGCUCUUCUUUCUCACAACCCCUGCGAUCAUCGUAAACACCAUGGACAAGUUCAACGUCACUCGGCCGGUUGAAAGCUUGAGGAACCCGGUAAUUACGCAGUUCUUCCCCACUCUGCUCCUGUGGGCCUUUUCCAUCCUCCUGCCCUUCAUUGUGUACUAUUCGUCUUUCUUUGAGUACCACUGGACCAGGUCCGGUGAGAAUCAGGUCACCAUGCACAAAUGCUUUUUACUGCUUGUCUUCAUGGUAAUCAUUCUACCAUCACUGGGUCUGUCCAGCUUGGAUUUGUUCUUCAGGUGGCUUUUUGACGUCCACUUUUUGGAUGAAACAGAUGUAAAGUUUCAGUGUGUGUUUCUGCCUGAUAAUGGGGCGUUUUUUGUGAAUUACGUCAUUACGUCCAGUCUGAUCGGGACAGCAAUGGAGCUUCUGCGUAUUCCUGCUCUGCUGGUUUACUCACUUCGCCUUUGUUUUGCCAAAUCUAAAGCAGAGCGCAUCCAUGUUAAAAGAAGUCAGGCCUAUGAGUUCCAGUUUGGUCUCGAAUAUGCCUGGACCAUGUGUAUAUUUUCAGUCAGCAUGACCUACAGCAUCACCUGCCCCGUCAUCGUACCUUUUGGGUUGCUGUACCUGGUACUGAAGCAUAUGGUUGAUCGGUACAAUAUCUACUAUGCCUAUAUACCCACAAAGCUCAGCCAGCGGAUCCAUGCGGCCGCCAUCAGUCAAGUUGUUGUGGCGCCCAUUCUCUGCAUGUUCUGGCUGCUGUUCUUCUCUGUGCUUAGACUCGGUCCAGUGCAGCCCAUUACUCUGUUCACCUUCAUUACUCUCCUGUGCUCCAUUGCCUUCUCCUGCUUUGGCUUCUGUCUGAAAAAACUACGAGCUGACAGAUCAACAAGCUAUCAAAUGUCCGAUCAGACAACAGAAGGGGGAUUCAAUGAUGCGGAGAGAAGCACCGUUUCCACCACCACCACAGCUAAUCUUUUUAUAGCCUCUGUCCUGCUGGAGCCAGAGCUGGGCUUGACUCCUAUGCCCUCUCCAGCCCACCAGAGCUACGGCACCAUGGUGAACAGCCAGAGUUCAGUGCGGGAUGCCGAAGAAGAUGAGGAGAAGGACCUGGAGGAAACUUUGGAGACUGAACUCAAGGAUGACCCACACCCCAGCCCUCUCAUGGACAGUCCGGUGGCUUUUCAGUGACCAAUUCUAUUCAGUUCCCGUUCUCUAAUGCUCAAGCCCCAUGCCUCAGCUUAGCUAGUAGCUAAUAAAGAGGCACUAUGCUGCACAAUCUGUCCAUUUGCGAGUAAAAGACCACAAAAUAUGCGGCCAUCCAAGCAAACUGCUUCAAAAGCUCAUUGAAAGGGCGGUUUUGGGUUCUGAGGACUUUGAUGAGCUUUCAGAGAAAUAUCUAAAGUGGAUAAAAGCAAAGCUCUAUUAAAGAACAAGACCGGUGCACUUCUCUUGCUCGGACUACGCUUUCUACUUUCUGUACUUAUUUUCUCUCUCUAAUGACGUUAAUGGGUGUCUGGCGGUUGGUUUGAUUGAAGCUGGGGACAUUGUAUUUUGACAGCUAUUUUCUGACAUACUUUUUUUUACGUAUAGCCACACUGUACAGCUCCAAAGAGUCAAGGCAAUGCUUCAGACAUCGCUUUAUUAUUACUCCUUUUGCUGGUGUUCUUGCAUAUUAUCAUUAUUUUCAAUCACCAUUUGUAUUUUAGCAUCGCUACGUAGUUGUGCAACAUGCUGAGGGGGCGUUCUUUUCAUGUGUUUGCUAUUACUAUAUAGCUAAUUAUUAUUAUUACUGUUAUUAACACCCUCAACCUUUAUUUGUGGGUUAAUCACUCCCAGUUAUUGUUUGUUUUGCAAUGAUGAUAGCAGUUAUGUUGUGCAUACUGCAGUCAAUUGGCACUACAGUAGAUUUCAAAGUCAAUGAGGCACUUAUUAUAUAAUUUGUUUGUUUUUCCCCUUGUGAAGUUCAAUCAGUCGUUUGGUCAGUGGAGGAGAUGUGAGGACAUUCAAAUGUGAAGACUAAUAUUCGGUCUAGUUUGGCACACUUAAUGAACUAAAAAAUAAUAAAAAGAAAGAAUACAUAUAAGCAAAGGAUA